AUGCCUCGCACCACACCUCAAUCACAACCUCUGUUCUACCUUAAAGCUAUCAAUAAGUCAGCCGAGCUUGUAGUUGCUGAUCCAAGAAAUAGUGCCGUUCAGUCCACUCUCGCAGAUGGAACACCUGUUCUCGACAUCGUGGUUGGGAUUGCAACAAAACACCCAGACAAUAUUGGACUUACCGUGGGUAGCCUCAAUUGUGAUAUUAUAGUGGGUAACCCCGAGGUUUGCGGUCACCAAUGUACCUUCCGCCUAGAACCUGGGGGUAUUAUACUAUGUGACGAAUCUCCAAAAAGCACAACUCAGGUUUUUGGCGAAAAUGCUUUCCCAUUUGACCAGAUCCAUUGCAAGCGAUAUUACUUGGCGGAAGGCUUCAACACAAAAAUCGGAUUAGGGUCUACUGUGGGCUGUGGAGCUGUCCAGUUCGAGGUAGUGUGGUACCCAAAUGCUGCCCAGACAGUGGAAAGGCUCAGUGAAGAAGUCUCAUUGAUGAAAUCCGACCCGAUCAAUGGAGGGACUAUACCGAGUCCGACCGAGUCUUUUGCCGAAAAUGUUACAAGUCAUCUCACUUGGAAGGAUCUAGGGGAAAAGGAGAGAAAUGGUGCGUACAUAGCGGCUCUACUACACCUCAUAAGAGACCCGGAAUCAGAGAAAGCGACUUGUAAUAAAGACGUCACUCUCCAAGGCUUCGAGAAUUCGACUAAGGAACGUCCUAAUUUGGACAAUCAGGUUGAGUUUCGACGGCAGCAGAAAGAAAUGCAUCUCAGCAAAAUCGUGGGGUUCCGGAAGGCAAGAGAGAUAGCCAAUGCCUCUCUUCCUUACAGACAAUUCUCGUGCCAUAUAGAAGCUGGAGCCAGACAUAACUGGCGUUUAGAUGCUAGAACGAAUUUCAUUGACGAGAAACGCAUACCUGAGAGAUGCGUGGCACGCAAUCAAGCUUAUGAAACAAUCAAGAAGUCAUGGGUCGACCAAGGAAUAUGGCGGGAUGAAUGGCAAUUGAUGCCUACGUUAGGGAAUACGCCUGAUGCUUUUUGGAAGCACGAAUCACCACCAACCGUCGAGUUUAAGGACAAAGGUCAGCAGCACGAAUAUGAGAGAACUCGGGAUGCAUCUCGUCCAUAUUUUCAAUUCAUAUAUCAGGUGUCGCAGGCACGUCAGCGGAUUCAAGAAGAGUCUGGUCAUGUUACUCGUUCUUGCGGCGCCGAUAUUAACACCAAAGCCUACGAGACUGUCCGGGAGGCUUGGAAAGAAUGGGCAAUUUGGGAUGACAAGUGGGGUAUGAUGCCUGGAAUGUCGUGGAAGCAUGAAAAUCUUGGAUAUCAGUCAUUCUUGUUUGGAGAAGAAGUCAAAAGUUGUGGUCACGGUACUGAAAGGCUGGACAAGAAAGGAAACAUUGAAGGAGAAAAAUCUCUAGGACCGUUUUACGGUUUCCCACUAUAUUCUCCUUCUAACAGUAUUUUCACGACAAAUGUCGACGACGAGGAACAAAAGAUCGCAUCAUCUAAGGUUGGCCGUCCAGAUGAAGAUUCGAAUCUGAAUCAUAGACUCGACGAUAGCAAACAGACCUAUCCAUCAACUUUUACGCCUCCCUCGCUUUUGCCUUCUAGAAAUGCAUUUUUAAACCAGUUGGAAGUCAUCAAAAUGGCUAAGUCAUGGCGUUAUACCCAUGAGCCAGAUAAAGGUGUAGUGUUCGACCGCAGAGAGCGCAAAUCCGGACGCUUUCUACCUGCUGAGCCCCUUCAAGCAAGCUCCUCUGGCAAAGCUAUUUACUCGUCACAAUCAACUUACAGGAUCGCUGAACUCGAUGGGCUGCAAAUAUCUAAUAUUUAUAGAGAUAACGAGGGAAAUAAAUUAGAAGCAGACAUCUCUGACCAAAGAUCAGGAGUUCGAGUGGCGAUACAGCCACUGUUUGUUCCACCUCUCUCACCUCACCAGCCAGCGGCCAAAGAGCCAGAGGCUAGUUUGUCCGACUCACUACUCAACUCUCCAUUAUCUGCGCAACCGUACAUUCCAUCAGCAUUUCGAGAGACUCAAUAUCUGAAAGCAGUUUCAACAAGAUCUAGAGCACCCAGUCCAGAAGAACAGCCUUCAUCGCCCAAAGCAGUGUCAAGUUUCAUUCAACGAGGUAUCAUCAAGAGGAGCAUAUCCAGCGUCAUGCAUGCCGACGAAUCAGAGAAGGGUACUGUUGGCUCUGACACAGCUCAACUAGAAUCGCUCAAUUCUUCUGCACACAAGCGACUUCGGUUUACGACACCUGGGAAUACUUCUAGCUCACGCUAG